AUGCUACGAUUUAUUUAUCAAGGAUUCUCAACCUUAGCAAAAUAAAAUCCACUUAAGAAUGGGUUCAGAUUUGAGAAUUAAAAUCUCACCUGGACUUUCGGCGAAUUUGAUACACAUUCAAGUGCAUUCGCAUAUGGAUUGAUUGAAUAAGGUUGGAAACAAGGGGACAAACUAUUGCUCUUGCUUGGUAGAUCCAACACAAGUGAAGCUGCCACUACAUUUGCUGGAGCAGCCAAAGCUGGAGUAAUUACAGUACCCUUCAGAUCCGAUGAUCGAAAUGAAAUUGAAAAGACUAUUAGUAUUGUCAACCCCAAAGGAAUCGUGUUUUCACCAAAUCAACUAGUCGGAGAUACCAAGUUCAUUGAAAUCCUUAAAAACCUCGUCCCAGAAACCACAUAGACUCACUCAGGAGAAAGUCUGAAGAGUAGUAAAUUUACUAAUUUGAAAUGGUUAAUUCAUACUGGAUUCUACUCAUAUCCAGGCACCUAUAAAUUCAGAGAAUCAUUGGUUUACGCCUCCAAGAACUUCAAUCGCCUUUCUCUCCCAACUGUUACAGGACCAGUCACAGCUCAAUUGAGAAAUGGAUAACUCUAAACCUACACUUACUAGGACUUAGCAAAAUUGAGUGACAAAGUGCAGGGAUCCAAACAUGUAAUAGUGUCAGGAGAUCCUUAAACUGUAACCAACUUCAGCAUCGUCGUUGGAGGAUUGGAAAGAGGCUACAACACAGUUUUGACUGGAGGAGAGAAAGUAAACAAAGUCUAAUAGAUUCUGAAGUAUUAUGACAAUUAUAGUCUUGUAGUAGACGAUUCAGUUCUCAGUGAAUAACAAUAAUCUGUUGAUGUUAGCAACCUGUAAAACUUAUUCACUGUUGGCGAUGUCAACAAGGCUUAAAAUGUGUUCCAAAAAUAAGCCAUCUAAAUUUGAUAUAAUAAUACCAAAAAAAAC